CGAAUUUGUGGAACUGUAUGAGCGGGUCAUUGUGUUAAAUCAUGGCUGGAGGUAAAGCUGGAAAGGACUCUGGAAAAUCAAAGGCAGCUUCUAUAACUCGAUCCUCAAGAGCAGGUUUGCAGUUCCCAGUAGGACUUAUCCAUCGACUUCUCAAAAACAGGACCUCUAGCCAUGGUCAUGUGGGUGGUACAGCUGCAGUGUACACUGCUGCUAUCCUGGAUUAUCUUACAGCUGAGGUUCUCGAGUUAGCAGGAAAUGCUUCUUAAGACCUUAAAGUGAAGCGUAUUUCCCCACAUCACUUGCAGCUUGCAAUCAGAGGUGAUAAAGAAUUGGAUUCCCUUAUUAAGGCUACAAUUGCAGGCGGAGGUGUCAUUCCACAUAUUCACAAGUCUCUGAUUGGAAAGAAGGGGCAGCAGAAAACUGUUUAGUUGAGGGGAGUAUUUGUUCCUGCAAUCUGCAUACAGAGCUUUCUCAUGGACUUACGUAGCCUACUUCUCAGAAGAGACUAGCUUGUUCAGGUUUUAAUGGUUUAAGGUUUGAACCACUUAAGCUACUGAAUUGGGAGCCCUAAUCAAUUUUAACAUGCCUCUUUGGA